CAAACUAGCGAUUCGGCUGUGGUCAUGGCUCCCGGAUGCACACCACAAGUUUCCGCACACCCAUCCUUGUUUUCAUUCAGCAUAUCUACUUCAGAAUUAUCAACUCUGCUUCGAACCAUGGAUUCUGAACUGUCAUCUGGAAGUACCUCACUUAUUUUUAAUCGGCAUACCAAUGCUUGUUCACAGGCAAAUGAAUUUGAUGUCUGUCUAUAUGAUACUAGCAACAUCUCUACAGAGGAUCCUCUUGCUAUUGCCUCACCAAAGUCUGGCCCCGUUGAUUUUGUCUCUUCAGGGCCUGAUGAACAUACCACGGAUUCUUCAUUAUCUUAUUCCAAGCCACUUCGUCCUCACUCACUUAUAGAAUUUGCUUCCUCGCCUUCCAAGCAUACUACUUGUGACAAAAGAGCUCUUUUUCUUAAAUCUGUGUCUUCGACAUAUUCGAAGGAACAGGUAAAUUUAUGGUCCAAUUAUUUAGUAUAA